GAACGUACGUGCAGAACGGGAGGGGCCUGUCACGAGGUCACUCUGAUAGAAAUACGGGCUUGAUUUUGAAAGCCGGGAAAUAACAAAGAACAGUCGGAACACCAGACAUGUCAAGAAACGACCAGAUUCCUGUGAAGAUCAAAGUUGAGGAGGACUAUGACCAGGUUCUAGUGGAAGAGCCACCCAGCUGCCUUGCCUCUGGAGACGCAUGUGAUGUCACCAGCGGCCUGGACCAGCCCCGCUUCACUGACUGCCCCAAGCCCCUCGGCACGCACUAUGAACACAGUCUGUGUGACCCUAUGGAGCCAUCAUCCAUCCCAGAAGCCCAACACAGUGAGCCUGAGAUGGAGGAGAGAGGCUACAGUCCCCAGAGGUGGAGAGGCUCCGGGUCACUAACAGGCAGUGUGUGCUCAGACGUGGAGGACGAGGCUCUGGUGGAGGGCGCUGAGAUGGACUACGAGUGCCAGCCGCAGCAGGAGUCGAGUGCAGUCUCUGAAGAUUUAUUCAGCAUUGAUCACCAAAGGACAUUGGGGGAGAUACUCACCUACUGCCAGGUCAUGUACGAAGCCAUUCGGAAACUCGAUCAGAAGUUUGAUAUUCUGCAAGCCAAGGUGACCAGUGUGCAGGCUGUCCACCUGAGCCCUGCACUUUUCCAACAGAAAGUUCCGGCAACGGGUGGCAGCGGAGUGCAGAACGCGGCGGACUCCGGGCUGCUCAUGCCCCAGCUGGUCCGCGUGUGCUCCCCGCCCGCCCCCCCUCUCCAGGGGGAUGGGAAGAAGCCGCCCCCCCUCUCUCCCGCCCCGGGCGUUCCCAGCCCCCCCGGGCAGCCUGCCCAGUGUCAGGCACAGCCCAGCCAUCUGGCCCAGACCAUCGUCAGAGCCCACCUGACCGUUCAGCCCCUCCCCCCGGGCAUGGCCGCCACCCCGCCCGCGGCGAUCACCCCGCCCAAAACGCCCCGCAAGAGCCCCGCCUCUGCCGAACCGAGCACCCUCAACACAGUGCCCUGGGAGUGGCUGGGGGACCCCAAGCGGAAGGUGCAGAUCCCCAGCAGCGCCCUGCAGAAGGCCCGAGCACUGGCCAACCCCCGGAGCGCCGUGCGCUCCCUGCUGCGCAGCGUCUUCCCCCUGGAGACCAUCACCUCCUCCAACAUCACCGGCAACUCCGCCCGCGGCCUCAAGAAGCUGGACCCCAACAAGAUCGCCGCCAUGAGAGAGUGGGUUGCCAAAAAGUUUCCCAGCUUUGACCUGAAAGAAAGUGGCAAGGACUGGAAACGAUGUGUAUCCAUCAUGAAUUCCACGGCUAGGUAUCUGCGCUUUGAAGCCAAAAAACACAAGCAUAAAGGACGGAGCACGAGCAGCCGUGAGCCGGCGCCUGACGAAGAGAGCGACCCCGACCCCCCGCUGACGACGGGCACGGCCGAGAUCGACGUGGAGCUGUCAGACAGCGAGGGCGACGGCCCCUCCACCUCCCGCAAGUCUCCGGCCUCCGCCAGCCAGCAGAAGGCGCCAGAGAGCAGCUCCGACUCGGGCACAGGGAGUGAGGACAACAGCAAAGAAGAUGUAUAUGAGUACCUGGGCCCGCCCAGCAGGCAGGUGAAGGUGCCGCGGUUCGCCAUGUUCACAGCCCGCCUGCGCGCCCGCCCCGAACUCGUCGCCCGCUUCCUCAUCAAGUACCUCUUCCCCGAUCACGUGCUGGUCAAGAGCAACGUCUACGGCAACCGAGAGCACGGCAUCCAGGCCCUGGACGAGAACAAGAUCAACGCCCUGCGAGAGCACCUGAAGGAGCGCUUUCCCUGGCUCUUGCUGGAGGAGAGCGGGCAGGACUGGAAGGCCUGUGUGGGAGCCAUCAACAGCACCAUACGCAAGUUCAGACACGAGCUGAAGAAGGGCAAGAGCGGCAAGAAACGCCGCUGAGAGAAACCAUGGCGACGGGACGCGUGUGUGAGUGUGAGUGCGAGUACGCACAACUGCCCGGCCUGGGCCAAAUACCUCAUUUUAAACACUUUGAUCCUUCAGACACAAGUAACAGUCCUGCAAGAUCAUUGACCGUUUGAAAAGAACCAAUGUCAUCUAUUGACACCAAUAUGUAUAGGUUUUUAUAUUGUACAAUUACAUAAAAUGCUAAUUUGUAUAUAUAUAAUGUAGUAAAGAAUAUUCCUUAAUAUGAUUGUAUGUUUACUUGCUAACAUUAAAUGCAGAAUUCACAUUUUGCUGGCACAUGAAGGGUAAAAGUAUUUAAAAUGAACAUCUGACCCAGGUCCGGUGCACGCGUCUCCACGUUCACGCGUGUGUACUUGCAGAGAAUCGACGUGGUCGAUGUCCACGUGAGCACUGUGAAACGGGCAGGCCCAGUUCAGGAUUGUCUACUCGACCGAACCCCCAGGAUACUGUAGCUUAUGUCUUCACAACAGAGUCUGUGUAAGAGCAGCUACAGAACCUUGAAAGCACUUCCCAGCAGAAGAACCUUUAAAACGGUCCUCAAACUCCAGUCCUACCAGGCCACCAUGUCUACUGGCUUCUGCGCUUCUGUUUUAAUAAACAGAUGGUAUAGACCCGUUCCUCAAAUCAUGGUCCUCAGGUGUGUCGACAGUCUGGCCAAUCAGGUGCACUAAUUGAUAAGUUCAUUAUUUUGGAGGAAAGAAAACCAGGAUUUGGAUUCAAGGGCCAGAUUUGAGGAUUUGGAAAUUGACUUGGAAAAUGGAAAAUGAA